CGCAAUAGGACAAGCAGUGUGCUGUUGGGAAAACGUGUGCGUAAUAUUUCUCGUGUUAUUGGAGUUUACAGUUGUGGAAUUUCAUGUAAAUGCUGCAAUUAACGUGAUAAAUUACUUAUAUUUGUAUAUAAAGGUCUAACCGGAGUCAAUCUUUAAGUGACGCUGGGAUAAUCCGGUAGAAACCAUGAAGAAGAAACUGCAGGAGAGUGAGGAGGAGCAGCCGGAGCAGCCGGAGCAGCCAGCUGACUACGUGGUCGGUCAGGUGUCAGGAAGUUUGUUCAAGAAGAAAUCUAAAGCCUCCGGAUCGCUGUCGGCUUUAUUCAGGGCUGCUGCUCCCGCUCCACCUGUUCUCUUUCAGCCUGCACCCAAGCCUGUUCCGAAGAUCACAGAAGAAACAGAGGAGCCAAAGGAAACUCCAGAAGUCAAAGUUCAACUUAGCAAGAAGAGGCAGAAGCAGCUGAAGGAGAAAACAGAGGGAGCUGGAAGACAGGUACGGAGUUUGAACAUUUCUAUCAUAGGAAAAUGGUUCUCGUGUUCACUUCAAUACAUUCAGAGCUCUGUAGCAGCUGCUUGUAGUGAUAUUAAAACAAAGUGUUAUCUUCUAAAGAUCUGUUGUGUUUGUUCCCUGCAGGUCAGAGAGGACCCCGCCAUGUCCCGCAAACUAGCAGCUAUUCAGCGCAAAGUUCAUCCCAAGAAGCAAAGCAUGAACGCCUACGUGGUGUUUAAAGACCAGGAAGGAGUCACCAAGGCGUUAGAGAGGAACGGCAUGGAGAUCGAGAAAGGUUUUCACAUCCGAGUGGACAAAGUGACGGAGAGCUCAGCACACGAUCACAAACGCUCCGUAUUCGUGGGGAAUCUUUCGUUCGAGAUAAACGAGCUGUCUUUCCGGCAGCACUUUGAGGAGUGCGGCGAUGUGGAGGGCGUCCGGCUGGUUCGAGACCAGAACUCCGGCCUGGGGAAAGGGUUCGGAUACGUCCUGUUUGAGAGCGCAGACUCGGUGCAGCUGGCGUUGGAGCUCGAUGGAUCGAAGCUGGAGACCAGGACCAUCCGGGUGAAGAGGUCGGUGAAGAAGGAGAAGCAGAAGAAGACUCCGGAGGGAAAAGGAGCUCCAGGGAGGCCAGGAAAGGGACCAAUGAAGGGACCUAUGAAGGGCUCGGGGCCAGAGAAAGGAGGCGCCCGGGGGGGUUUCAAAGCUCAAAAUAAAUUCUCUGGAAACCGACCGACUGCGACUACAAGCUCCGGCUCUUUCAAAGGAGAGAUGACGGAUCCGAACAAAAAGAGUAAAAAGAAAGGACCGAAGAAGCCCCGGAAGCCCAGAAAGACUGUCCACAUCUGAUUUACAUUGAAAACAUAAACGUGUGUGUGAGGUCUCCAGCUGAGUGUUAGCUUUUAAAACUCUGUCAGGAGGAAGAAGCAGAAGCAGGUUCACUGAGGUAUCUGGAGAGUUAAGAACAGGCUUUGUACGAUAGUCCAUUUUCCAAGUUCUCAGUAAAUGUUAUUUUCCCGACAGCUCUAAUGUUGUUUAUUCCAGUUACAUCCACUUUGUAAAACCAUCAAGUCCAAGAAAGCUUUGAAGGUGGAGUCUGUGAUUCUGUAUUGUAGGUAUUUGAAUUCUACACAAAAACAAAACUCACCCUCCCAUCAGUGCUCCUAGUGAAGGUUAGCUUUAGGGCGGAAGCUAACGAUUAUAUUCUCAAUUAAUCGUUUGGUUUGUAAAAUAUCUAAUAUCUUCAAAUAAUUUCCAACCAGUUGAUCAUCAACAGUUGGCGAGUAUUUUUUUGGGGAUUGACUUAUCGUUGCAGCUCUUCUCUUUAUUAUCCUUUACAUAAAAAGUGCCACAAACUAGUGAAUCACACUCAAUAUAACAAAGACUAUUAAAAUCAAACAUUUUUUGUAACUUUUCACCUGUUGUAUUGAGUUAUGUUGUUCCUGUUGUGUUCAAAUAAAAAUCUUUAAUUGUG